AAACGCAAAUACAGGGCCCAGCAACAUCCUUCGGCCUGCGCCUUACUCACGGGCUUCAUCCGCUGCGCUCCGACCAAGUCUGGACGGCCCAACGUGGACACGCACGCACAAAGCCCCCGAAGCUUCGGCGAGGACGAUGGACGGCUGCGGCGGCGAUGGCCGCCGGCCUCGCGCCGUCUUUAUGGCCUUCGGCACCCACGGCGACGUCUUCCCAAUCGCUGCCCUUGCUGCAGCGUUUGCUAAUGACCAACAGCAGUAUACUGUGGUGUUCAUCACUCAUUCAGCACACCAGAGUUUAUCCACACAUCUUGCAGUCAGUAAAGUUAGGUACAUGCCUGUGGCAAGCCCACCUGCCCUUGCUUCCGAACAACUUGAUAAUAUUUCAUAUGAUUCUGUUCAAUCGAACGCUGGUCCUGAGUCAUUUUCACGGCGGAAAGAGAUCAUUCAGACGGAGCACAGGAAAGCCUGUUUAGCUUCUGUCGAAGAAGUGUUUGGAAAUGAUCCGAGCAUUCACAGCGACUUCAUUGUGAUCAAUUUCUUUGCCCUGGAAGGUUGCCAUCUUGCAGAAUUGUUUCAAGUUAAGUGCAUCAUUGCUGCUCCUUAUUUUCUUCCAUAUAGUGCUCCUUCAUCAUUUGAACGCCAAUUUAAGCAAAGUUUUCCUCUUCUGUACAAGUACUUUCAAGAAGCUCCCCCCAACACAGUCUGCUGGACUGACAUUACCCAUUGGAUGUGGGCGCUUUUCAUGGAAAGUUGGGGAUUGUGGAGAAAUGAUUGCCUAAAUCUUAGUCCUAUUCCUUAUACAGAUCCAGUAACAAAUCUUCCUUUGUGGCAUGUACGUGCAGAGUCGCCUUUGUUGUUGUAUGGUUUCAGCAAGGAAAUUGUCGAGCGCCCAGGAUAUUGGCCCUCAAGUGCUCAUAUUUGUGGCUUUUGGUUUCUUCCUAUGGCUUGGCAGUUUUCUUGUGAUAAAUGCAGGGAGUUAUUCUCUGGAGAUUUCAAUUCUCCAUUUGAGGGUAUUCUAUGUGCAAAUCAUGCUGGCCUGGAAGACUUCCUCAUGGGAAGUUCUUAUUUGUCUUUACCUAUAUUUAUAGGAUUAAGUUCCAUUGGCAGCAUGGGGUUUCUUAGAAAUCCUAAAGCAUUACUAAUGGUGAUUAAAGCUGUCAUAGAGUCAACAGAUUACAGAUUUAUCCUUUUCUCGUCUGGAUACCAGCCAUUGGAUUCAGCAAUCAGAUCUUUUGCUUCUUUAGCUGUAGAAUCAAGUGUAGAGGCACCUGCUCUUAGUAAUGACAGCACUCUCCUUUUCAAUAAUCGACUCUUUUGCUUAUCUGGAUCAAUACCGUAUAGCUGGCUUUUCCCUAAAUGUGCAGCUGCUAUUCAUCAUGCUGGCAGUGGAUCUACAGCUGCUGCACUAUUUGCUGGAACCCCUCAGGUUGCAUGCCCUUUCCUGCUGGACCAGUUUUACUGGGCGGAGAGACUACACUGGUUAGGGGUGGCACCUGAGCCCCUUAAAAGACAACAUCUAAUCCCAGAUAUAGAUGAUGCCGCGAGCGUUAACAAAGCCGCAGAUGUGCUACUUGGAGCUAUCAGAUCAGCAUUAUCACCAGAAAUUAAAGCUCAAGCAACUGUAAUUGCUCAGAGACUUGCUUCCGAGGAUGGGAUUGGUGAAGCCCUCAGGAUCUUGAAGGAGAAAGUUUUGCCUUAAAUAAAAUUUGAGCAGUAAGAAGAGGAAGAUGUACCGAGAACUAAAAACCAUGUAAAAAUAGUUUUACCAAGCGUAGAUUUUGUGUGUGCCCCCAUUGAUUUCUUGCCAUUGUUUCGGAGCACUGAAAUAUGUACUCCCUCCGAUCACAGAUAUAAGAUGUUCUAGUAACUUCUUUUUUUUCUGAAUCAGAUGUAUAUAAACAUGUUUUAGUGUGUUUGUUCGCUCGUUUCACUCUGUAUGUAGUCCAUAUUGAAAUAUCCAAAAUAUCUUAUAUUUGUA